CCAAGAGGUGGCUAACCCAUCUGGCAUGGAAACUGGUUUCAGCAAGACUUUCAUUACCCAGCAUCCCUGGUGGCAUUUAAUUGCUCAUCUUGAACUUUGUGUAGCCAGUAGUUGGCUGGGAGAGCUCCAGGACCACGUGCAGGCUUAUGGUGAUUUCUCUGGUCAACUCUUAGCCUACUUGAGUCUUAGUCCAAUUUUUGUCAUUGCUGGCUUUGUCACACUCAUCAUAUUCAAGAGAGAGCUUCACACGAUCUCUUUCUUGGGUGGGCUGGCUCUCAAUGAAGGAGUGAAUUGGUUAAUAAAGAACAUUAUCCAGGAACCACGGCCCUGUGAAGAAGCCCAUUCAACAGUGACCACAAAAUAUGGGAUGCCAUCCAGCCACUCCCAGUUCAUGUGGUUUUUCUCUGUCUACUCGUUCCUGUUCCUUUAUUUAAGAAUGCACCAAACAAACAAUGCCAGGUUUCUGGAUUUAUUGUGGCGACAUGUCCUGUCCAUCUUGCUGGUGACAGUGGCCUUUCUAGUCUCUUACAGUAGGGUUCAUCUGCUCUACCACACCUGGAGCCAGGUUGUAUACGGAGGUGUUGCAGGCAGCAUCAUGGCUGUAGUCUGGUUUGUCUUCACACAGGAGAUUUUAACUCCCCUGUUUCCAAGGAUAGCUGCAUGGCCAAUUUCAGAGUUCCUUUUAAUCAGAGAUACUAGUCUCAUUCCCAACAUCCUGUGGUUUGAAUACACUGUCACCAGAGCAGAGGCAAGAAACAGACAGCGCAAGCUGGGUACAAAACUUCAGUGACUCAAGGCAUGGGAACUAGAAUGCAUGAUUUAAUGGAGAAGGACAAGACUAGAGACCUGUACAGACCUGGGAGCAGCAAGGAGCUUUUUAACAGACGGACCAAAGGAACAGGCAGGGACCACACCCAGAGCUUGGAGGCUUUUGCUCUGGCUUUUUGCAGCUAGCUGGAUGCUCCCUGAUGCAUGUGGGACCGUGCAGGAGCAGAACUUCAUUUAUACCACAAAUGCGCAUUGCCAGUUGGAAUGUACUAUCAUGUCUAAGUUGGGGGAGGGGGGAACAGUACCUGGUAUCUCAUUUGGGGGAGGGGAAGAAAAUAGUGACUUUCUUUUCCCAGCAUGAAAUAUACACACUAUUUAUUUAUUAUUAUUUUUUUUUCAGAAAUGGAACUGUUAUUUUGGGGAUGGGUGAGGUGUUGAUUGUGUGUGUUGGGAGAAGACAAAACUAAUCUUAGUUGAUCAUGCUUAAUUUAGGUUUUCUAAUUUUUUGGGAGGGACAGAGAGGGAAGGUUUGUUUCCUUUCUGCAACAGUUUGGGAGAUCUGAAAUCAAUUCCAGCUGCACUUUGUAAGGAUCUAAAGAAGGAACUAAAGACUUGCUUUUAACACUAGUGACAUUUCUGUGUGCAAGCCUACAUGGAUGUCAUUAAGGGGGUGUGUGUGUGUGUGUGUGUGUGUGUGUGUAAACACAGAGGAAAAACUAAAAUAUACUAAUUUUUUUUUCCAUUGCUGUUCCUGUUGUGUAAUUAGUAAGACUGGUCAUUUGGGUCCGUACAUUUAAGUGCCAGCCACAUAUAUUAUAUUAAUUCUUCCUUUAUACUUUUGGUAUAACCUGUACAACCUCUGCUGCUGAACUUAAAUCAAACUUACUGAUCAUUUAAAAUUUAAAUAGCAGUGGCAUUAACUGGUAGUUAAGAUACCACUUGUGGUAUGUGAGUAAGGAUUAGGCCCAAGUCAUUGUAAAAGUUUAUGUAUGAAUAAGAUGACUUCUAAUGGUUAGUUUAUGCCCUGUAAGCCUGAUGGGAAGACCCAUUUACUAGUGAAAUAUUGAAAAAAAAAAAAACCCCAAAAAAAC